UAUAUAUAUAUAUAUAUAUAUUUAUUCAUAUUAUUAUAUAAAAACACAUACAUUACAUACAACAGAGCCCACGCCCGCAUCACCGUCACCAUCUCCAUGUACAGACCGAGUUAAGCAAACACCAGUAAACUUCCAAGUUCCUAAGCUCUCAAGCUCUUUAAACCCAACAGCACAACACAAACUUCAAACUUCUUCAAUGGUCAUGGAGCCUCACGAGCCACCGCCACCACGCCCCUUGAAACCUUUAACUCGCCUCAACAAGUACGUUGCCGAAACCCGAGUCGGCAAGCACUUCAAACUCGCCGAGCGCAACUCCACUUUCACCACCGAGCUCCGGGCCGGCACCGCCACGUUUCUCACCAUGGCUUACAUCCUCGCCGUCAACGCCUCCAUCCUCUCCGACUCCGGCGGCACCUGCAGCGUAUCCGAUUGCGUCCAGCUCUGCUCCGACCCGACCCAAUCCCUCCAGAACUGCACCGGGCCCAACCUCCGGGUCAUCCAACCCGACCCCUCCUGCAAGUUCGACCCGGUCAACCCGGGCUACUCCGCCUGCUUAGACCGGGUCCGCAAAGACCUCAUCGUCGCCACCGUCGCUUCUUCUCUGAUCGGCUGUCUCAUAAUGGGCGUUUUCGCUAAUCUCCCUCUAGCUUUAGCCCCGGGAAUGGGCGCCAACGCCUAUUUCGCUUACACCGUCGUCGGGUUUCACGGGUCGGGUAAUGUCUCGUACCAGAGCGCCUUAGCCGCCGUCUUCAUCGAAGGCUUGAUUUUCCUCUUCAUCUCCGCAGUCGGGUUACGCGCCAAACUCGCUAAACUGGUUCCGAAGCCGGUACGGAUCAGCUCCUCCGCGGGUAUCGGGCUCUUCUUGGCGUUUAUCGGGUUGCAAAGCAACCAGGGAAUCGGGUUAAUUGGGUACAGUUCGUCGACGCUAGUGACACUCGGAGCCUGCCCCGCUUCGUCUCGGGCCUCGUUGGCUCCCGUCAUAGCGGCCGCUAACGGCACCGUUAGUUUGAUUGAGGGCGGAACGGUGUCUGGCGAUAUUUUGUGUCUCCGUGACCGAAUGGAAAGCCCGACGUUUUGGCUCGGCGUCGUUGGCUUCAUAAUCAUUGCGUAUUGUUUGGUGAAAAAUGUUAAAGGAGCUAUGAUUUACGGCAUUGUUUUUGUAACGGCCGUUUCGUGGUUCCGUAACACUGAGGUAACGGCGUUUCCAAAAACGGAGGCAGGUGACUCGGCCUAUGAGUAUUUCAAGAAGGUCGUGGAUGUACAUACGAUCGAGAGUACGGCCGGGGCCUUGAGCUUCAAAAGUAUAGGAAAGGGGUAUUUUUGGGAAGCACUAAUUACAUUUUUAUACGUAGAUAUACUCGAUACUACCGGAACUCUUUAUUCCAUGGCUCGAUUCGCCGGUUUUGCAGAUGAAGACGGUAAUUUUGAAGGUCAAUACUUUGCUUUCAUGUCAGAUGCUACAUCAAUUGUGGUGGGGUCCUUGCUCGGCACAUCACCCGUAACGACAUUCAUCGAGUCAUCUACGGGUAUACGGGAGGGCGGACGUACGGGGCUAACGGCGCUAACGGUGGCAGGGUAUUUCUUUUUAGCGUUUUUCUUCACGCCGUUAUUGGCUUCAAUUCCAGCUUGGGCCGUGGGCCCGCCGUUGAUCUUGGUUGGGGUGCUGAUGAUGAAGUCAGUGGUGGAGAUUGAGUGGGACGACAUGCGACAGGCAAUCCCAGCCUUUGUGACGUUGAUACUGAUGCCGUUGACCUACUCAAUAGCCUACGGGCUCAUUGGUGGAAUUGGGACUUUCAUUGUGCUGCACAUAUGGGAUUGGGGCCAUGAACUUUUUGUGAAACUUGGGAUUGUAAAGGGAGAAGCAGGAGGUGUUGGGGUCAAUGGGGCACAUGACCAAAUUAGAGGAGAAAACCCAACUGCAAAAGUGCUUGAAAUUGAGGUUUAAUUUUUCAAUUUUCAAUAUAGGAAAAUUGGGGAUAUGGGUUCAUAGAA